AACAACAAUAUCCUUUUGUAACGAACAAAGAAAGAAUAUUUGAGACAAAAAACUAACUAGUGGAAGAGAGAGGAAAGAGAAAGAGAGAUAGAUAGAGAGAUAGAAGAAGUGUUAAUUGGUUGAUCAACUUUGGUUGUUUGGAUUGGUUAAGGAAACCAUGGCAAAAGGGCUAUGGAUCUAUGUGUGUUUUAUGUCCCUUAUAAUCCAAAUUGCUAAUUGUUUUUACCUUCCUGGUGUUGCACCUGAGGAUUUCCACAAGGGAGAUCCAUUGAGGGUGAAAGUGAACAAACUGUCUUCUACAAAAACACAACUUCCUUACUCAUACUAUUCACUGCCUUACUGUCAGCCAGAUCACAUUAUUGACAGUGCUGAGAAUCUCGGAGAAGUUCUUCGAGGUGACCGUAUCGAGAACUCUCCUUAUAUGUUUAAAAUGAGAGAACCACAGAUGUGCAAUGUUGUUUGUCGUCUAAUUCUUAAUGCGAAAACAGCCAAAGAGUUCAAGGAAAAGAUAGAAGACGAAUAUCGGGUGAACAUGAUUUUAGACAAUCUUCCUUUGGUUGUUCCGCUUCGACGACCUGAUCAGGAAUCGUCUUUAGUGUAUCUGCAUGGCUUUCUAGUUGGUCUUAAAGGACAAUAUGCUGGAAACAAGGAUGAAAAGCAUUUUAUACAUAAUCACUUAACAUUUGUGGUUAAGUAUCAUAGAGAUCCUGUAACAGAGUUUUCAAGAAUUGUAGGCUUUGAGGUUAAACCUUUCAGUGUAAAGCAUGAAUAUGAAGGUGAAUGGGAUGAAAACACCACUCGCUUAACUACUUGCGAUCCACAUGCGAAAAAGAUAAUCUCAGGCACUGAACCUCCUCAAGAGGUUGAAGACAAGAAGGAAAUUAUUUUCACCUAUGAUGUUGAGUUCCAGGAAAGCGAUGUAAAGUGGGCAUCUCGCUGGGAUUCCUAUCUUCUAAUGGCAGAUGAUCAAAUUCACUGGUUUUCGAUUAUUAAUUCUUUAAUGAUAGUACUUUUCCUAUCCGGUAUGGUGGCUAUGAUAAUGUUAAGGACGCUUUACCGCGAUAUCUCAAAGUAUAAUCAAUUAGAGACACAGGAAGAAGCUCAGGAAGAGACGGGGUGGAAACUUGUUCAUGGAGAUGUUUUCAGGCCUCCUUCAAACUCGGAUUUACUAUGUGUGUAUGUCGGUACAGGUGUUCAGUUUUUUGGAAUGGUUCUUGUCACUAUGAUGUUUGCUGCACUUGGAUUUCUGUCUCCUUCAAAUAGAGGAGGGUUAAUGACUGCCAUGCUUCUUCUCUGGGCUCUUAUGGGACUAUGCGGUGGAUAUUCUUCGGCGCGUCUUUACAAGUUAUUCAAGGGAACAGAGUGGAAAAAAAUCACUCUCAAGACAGCUUUUAUGUUUCCUUCAAUUGUCUUUGCAAUAUUCUUUGUACUAAAUGCUCUUAUUUGGGGUCAAAGGUCUUCUGGGGCAGUGCCAUUUGGUACAAUGUUUGCUCUUGUUUUCUUAUGGUUCGGCAUCUCGGUACCACUUGUAUUUCUUGGUGGUCAAAUAGGUUUUAAAAAACCUGAGAUUGAAGAUCCUGUAAAGACAAGUAAGAUACCAAGGCAGAUACCAGAGCAGGCUUGGUACAUGAACUCGGUCUUCGCGAUUCUAAUCGGAGGCAUACUCCCUUUUGGUGCUGUCUUCAUCGAGCUUUUCUUUAUUCUCACAUCUAUUUGGUUGCAUCAAUUUUAUUAUAUAUUUGGUUUCUUGUUCAUUGUGUUCCUCAUCCUUCUUGUUACUUGCGCCGAGAUCACUAUAGUUCUUUGUUACUUCCAGCUCUGUAGUGAAGACUACAUGUGGUGGUGGAGAUCAUAUCUCACUUCUGGUUCCUCUGCACUCUACCUUUUCCUAUAUGCUACAUUUUACUUCUUCACAAAACUUGAGAUUACAAAACCAGUAUCUGGAGUCUUGUACUUCGGCUACAUGUUGCUUCUUUCAUAUGGCUUCUUUGUGGUGACUGGUACAAUUGGUUUCUAUGCAUGCUUCUGGUUUACAAGGUUAAUCUAUUCUUCAGUGAAAGUUGACUGAUAAAUGGCUUGUGAAGGUUUAAAUCACUGGAACGGUGAAUUACUGGGAAUCUUCAGCUGCUCCUUUGUUCCUGCAUAACAUCAGAAAUUUUUUGUAUCACUAGUAUAGGCUAUUUUCAAGUUCUAAUUUUGUUUUUUCGAAUAUAUUUUCUUAGCGUCAUAUUCAUAUUUUGUACGAGACAUUCUUGAGAGGACGACUAUCUUCCUGUCUUCAAUGUCAGAUUUAAGAAAAAAGGACUUAAUGCUGGUUGUAAAUGUACACUUUUGAUAUAAAUCAUGCUGAAAUCUGGUAAUGUAAGGUUUCAACUUUGUGAUUUUGACUCUGAUUUUACUUUGCGGCAACUAAAUUGCCAGGAAAAUAGAUUCAUUCAGCAAACCUGUGACUGAAAUUGCAUCAGUUUGGAUAAUAGUCAGCAAAAUAUUAAAACAGGUAAUGCUUUUGGUCUUCGAUAAGUGGUGUUGGAGAAUAAAAGCCA